AUGCACCCUUAUUUAUUUAUUUGUAAAGAAGGCAACAAUAAUAACGGUAGUACCACUAAUUUAAAAAGCGGCAUGUCGCUAAGUGACAGACGGCACACACCUUUGGGGCGAAAUUUAAGUGAAUCCACAGAGUUAAGUCAAUCGCUAUCGAGCCGCAGUGGUGGGAGCAGUCCCAUUCCCCGUCCCAACUUGGAUGAUAUUACGAGGAGGUUGCUAGAAGAAAACGAGGGAAUGCUCUUUGAAAUAAAUAAACUUACACGCGAACUUACGGAUGAGCGGGCGAAGGUCUCUGGCCUUCACGAAACCCUCGCAGAACGGAGUGCGGAACUGGAACUAAUGAAAGAGAAACUUAGCGAUGCCACAGUUGUCGCAACUGACGACACCGGGAAGCCGAUCAACUACAAGAGGGAGUGUGACGGAUUGGCUGCUGAUAAUAACCGACUUGUGAAGGAGUACGAGCGCGUUUGCACGGAACUGGAGAAGCGAACAGAGGAGAUUCGGAGAGAGAUGGGCGACCAGCGCGAUGAAGCGGAAGGGAAAACUAUAAGCGUACAGGUGGAGCAGUUCAACAGAGAGAUUACCGCUCUCGUACCCACCGUGGAGCAUAUUGUUAACUCCCUAAAGCGGUGUGUGGUUACAGGUGGUAUAGCGGAGGAGCGAAUACUUGAGAACGCGCAGAAGGAACUUCACACAAUGCGCCGCAUUACCGACACUGUUCGGCGAAUGAACGCCGGCGACGAAACUUGCGUGAAGGGGCUUUUAACACAAAUUCAGAAAGGAGAACAGCUAACUGCGCCAGGGGAUGUGGCAGUUGUUAUUCGCUGGAUGGUUGUGCGAGCCUUUGAGGCGGGGUUGCAGAGUGCUGAAGGCAACCUUCGGACACUGGUGGAUAUUCUCAACAACAGUAAGGGAAGGUAUACCAGUGAAAAUGCCACAACAGGAAGCGGGGAGGUUCCAGCUAGCGGGAUAAGUGUCCGCCAGAUGUUUCGUCUCUUGAAGAUGUGA